AUGGCGACAACCGAGAUCAAGCCCACCCUCGAUUUAUCACUCGAAGCAGAUGUGCGCGUGUAUCUCGCGAAAACCCCGUUUGCCAGUACCGAUGUCCAGCCAUUGUCAGGCGGGACGGGGAAUUAUGUGUUCAGACUGCGUCUUGAUGCACCGUACGAGGGAAGGCGCACUGUCGUGCUUAAGCAUGCGAAGCCAUUCGUCAAAGACUUGCCCGAGCUUGCGUUCGAGUUGAGCAGGCAGAAAUAUGAAGUAGAGGCACUGCGCCGCGUCCGAGGGUGGUUGCCCGCCGACUCGCUCGUGACGGUGCCCGAGGUACACUUGUUCGACGAGGACGCGCAUGUGAUCAUCAUGGACGACGCUGGCGAGGACGCGAUUUCGCUCAAGUCAUACAUACAGCAGGGCCAUGCGACGCUUGCAUCCGCGAAAAAGAUCGGAGCGGCGGUGGGGGCGUUCCUGGGCGGGAUGCACAAGUGGGGAAAAGGCAACAAGGAGCUCUGUGCAGCGGUUGCAGGGAACAGCCAAGCAAAGGCAAUGUCGGCGUGGGUGUUCUACGGACGGCUGCUGCCUACGCUGUCUGGAGACAGUGGUGUGCCAAAGUUGAUGGACCCGCCGUUGGUAGCUGCCGCCGAGGAUCUGGAGGUGAUCAAGGGGUUGGUGGAGGAGACGACGGCGGCGCUGCUUGCUGUUGACGAUCAGUUCGUGAUGGGUGACUUUUGGCCGGGGAACAUGAUGCUGCGAAUUGAUGGACAAGGUGAAGUGGAGGGCAUCAGCGUGCUCGACUGGGAACUGACCAAGACGGGGCUGAGUGGGCUGGACAUUGGGCAGUUCUGCGCAGAGAUGCAUCUGCUGCGGCGAUCGCAGCCUGAGGUGUGUGGGUCGACGGCGACGGGGGUGCUGGAGGAGUUUUUGAAAGAGUACAAGAGGACAUGCGAGCCCGGGGAAGAGGUGGCUCGACGAACGGUGGUGCAGUGGGGGGUGCACAUGGCGGUGCUGGGAGCGCGGGUGGACUGGGGCGACAAAGAGGCGUCGCGGAGACUUGUGCUCGAGGGCGUGCGGAUUGUCGUAGACGGCGUGCAGAGCAGGUCGCUCGGUGAGAAUGGGCACGUCGGAGGACUGUUGUAG